GAGGGAAUGCUAAACCUUAGCGGCUAAUGCGAGGGUUUGCUUUUCGUUGCGAUCAAAUAAACGUAUGGAUAUAUGACGUGGAUGUUGUGAUCAAAGCUGAGGCAAAGCAGGAACAGCUGAGCGCGAUAUGAACUCCCUGGUUGGAUAUGGCGUCUCCUCGGACUCUGACAGUGAUGCCGAAGAGAGAGGGGAGACUCUGGAGCCGGAUGGUUCACCUCUUAAAAGGUCCCGCAACUUCCUGUUGGAGUCGGGCUCCAGUGAGUCAGAUGGAGAUGCAGAUCCAGGGGCUGACCUGGACCCACUGAAGCGGUGCCCUUCCCCACAACAUCCGGGCCUUGCUGCCCGCUUCCAGGGCGCCGUCCACCAGAACAAACUGCCCCCUCCUGCUCUGAACGCCAGCUCGGGCAGCAGCAGUGUGUUUGCAAACCCCUUCAAGGCCCAGGCCGAGCAGAAGCUUAGUGCCCUACAGAAGCACGUCCCACUCACCCUGCAGUCCAAGCCCUCUCAGAUCGGGGGGAAGAAGAUGUGUGUGUCGUACAGAAGGGACGGGAGAUGCAGGUUCGGGAUCAAAUGCAAGUUCGCACACGACAGCGACCUUCAGACGGCGCUGACCGCAUCUGAUGGUCGCUCAUCUCUGAGCAAUGAAACUCCACCUCAGGCUGUGUCCGGUGAAGGUGGCGGGUCAGAGGAGACGGAGGAGGACGCUCAAAGAGCCAAGAAGAGGAAGGCGGGACUGAGCAACACGUUGAUUCCACCCAAGCGCGCCAUGAAGCAGCUGGCCAUGCAGAGGGACAGAGAGCGGCUCCACUGGUCCUGAUUGCUCCUUCACAAGACUGAGGCUCAAAAGACAUUCAACAUUGAGACUCGCACCUUUUACUUACCUGCUUCAGUGGUGGGUCACAAAUUGGCUUCACCCAACCACAACAUAGUGGGGUACACUUUCACUCCACUCCACUCCAGCAAUAAUGUACACUUUCUUACUGUUUGUUCCUAGUUUUCCCAUCUUGCUGCAUAGUGGAAACACAUUGCUCCAUCUGUUCAUCUUUCAAUGAAACGUUUUGUUUCCUGUAUUAGUUCAGAGAAGUAUUUUCUAACUCAGCAAAUCGUGACAUGAUCUCCAUAGUCCAAUAUGAAGGGCAAAACAAUGCGACAGACGAGAACAUGUGGUUCACUGAUGUGAUGAAGGAGGACGAGGAUGAAGACAGGUUCAGGUGGAGGGGGCUGAUUUGCUGUGGCGACCCCUGAAGAUCUUCAUCGUACUGAGACUGGAGCCUAUAACCAGCCUAGGUGAAUCGGAGCGCUGGAGUAGCAGGAAAGGCCUUGAGACACAAGUCACACAAACACUGACAAACGUGUUUAAUAUGCAACUUCAUUCUAGACGUUUAACAACUGUUGUUCUUCAUUAAGACUGUUAAAAACUUGUUCUGUCAACCUUGUCAGGCGAAGGUUUAUAAAGGACACAAUAAAUGAACUGAA